AUGGAUAAAUGCCGUGCUCUCAUCUUUGCGAUUGUAGCCGUUAAUGGCGCGACAGUAACAAUAUCGCAACCUCCCACACAAGUGGUGAAGAGAGGCUCGAGUUGCACUCCAGUUGCUGGACAUUCCAGCUCUAUCGAUGAUGCGCCGGCUAUCCAGUCUGCCAUUGCUAGUUGUCCAUCGGGAACCAUUGUCAUCCCCAAGUCCACCACCUACUAUAUCAACACCGCAUUUAGCUUCGUGGGCUGUUCUGGAUGUACUCUGCAAAUCGAGGGCACGCUUCAAGCGACUUCCAACACUACUUACUGGGGAGGACGCCGUGCCAUAUUUCUCAUGGAUGGCAUCAAUGGGGCUACUGUUUAUUCUGCCACAGGCACAGGCAUCGUCGAUGGGAACGGCCAGGCCGCCUGGGAUCUGUUUGCAGCUAAUUCAUCAUACCAACGACCGACGCUCUUCUACAUCAACAACUCGAAGAAUGUAAAGUUGUCAAACCUCUAUUUCAAGAGUGCCCCAAAUGUCUUCCACUCGGUCACUGGUGGCUCGAGCAAUGUCUCUUACUCAAACAUUUCUCUAUAUGCCGUCAGUUCUAGUGCGAAUGUCGCGCACAACACUGACGGCUGGGACAUUGGACAGUCGACGUAUGUAACCAUUGACGGCGCAACUGUCACCAACGACGACGAUUGUGUUGCGCUCAAGCCGGGCUGCAGCUUCGCCACCGUCACAAACAUAUCCUGCACCGGCAGCCACGGCAUAUCUGUCGGGAGCUUGGGCAGCGGCGUAAACAGCAAAGACACGGUUCAAAACUGCCUCAUCAGCGGUGCAACUAUGAUCAACUCUGCCAAGGCGGCAGGUCUCAAGCUGUAUCCAGGACCGCCAGAUCACGGCACGGCAGUUGUGUCUAACGUGACGUUUGAGAAUUUCAUCCUGCAAAACACCGACUACGCUUUCCAGGUGCAAAGUUGCUACGGAGAGGACUCAUCAUACUGUGAGACCAACCCCAGCACGGCGCAGAUAGCAGGUGUGGUGGUAAGAAACUUUUCAGGCACGACGAGCACUCACUACUCACCAAAUAUUGCAAACAUUGACUGCCCAGCUGCUGGGACAUGUGGUCUUACUCUCAGCAACAUCACUGUCACACCGCCGAAAGGAUCGGCCGUAAUUCAAUGCGCCAACACGCCGAGUAAUCUUGGAGUGCCGUGCGCUUCUGGUGCUAGUGGGUGA